AUGGAGUAUAAAACUACACCACCUUGUCCUCGUGGAGACAGUUGCAAUUUGUUUACUGUCGGCAGCAGUGUCUCACAAGAGGUUGCUGGUAAGAAUCUUGGACAUGUUGUGUGCAAAUGGAAAGAUGGGCAAAUAAAUGUCAAGUCCUUGCAGUUUAUGUUAUACUCCUCCUUCAUCGCUCUACCAUCAUUUGUGUUGAAUGCGUCACACAUAUUUCUGUCAGAUACGGUUGAUACAGAAGCAUGGAUAGAAAUGAAUGGACUGAAAUGGGAUAAAAUAGAGGCGACCCAGGUUAUUCUCAGUGCUAGAAAUAUCACAAUUUAUUAUUCAAAAGAGACAAAUGAAAUGGAGUGGCUACCCCGUGUUGAACACAAUAUAGUUCUGAUUGCCAUAUUUGUCGGCGGAUUUGUCCAAUGUCCAGAGUUUAUAUUUGUUUUGCUGAAAUCCGUUGUUACCUAUUUCGUUUCCCAAAUCGACACCAAUUUCCCUUUCGGUGCUGUUAAUGCAAGUUUAAAGUGGAAGAAUAGAAAGGUUAUUAACAAAAAGAUGUUUGCCUGUAGUACGGAUAAUGAAUUAAAACUCAGCUAUAAGUAG